AUACAUUUCCCAUCAUGCCUUGCGAGGUCAUUAUGUAAAUGUGACUUGUAGUAAACACCAGCAGCCGUUUUAGUGCUGCUUGAAUAUAAUUUAUUUCUAAACUUUACAACAUUUGGCAAUGAUUACAAGUAGUAUUUAAUUAUCUCGACCUAAGCUGAUAUGGAAGAAUCGUAAGAUAGGGCACCUGACCGGAUGCAUGACUAUACCCCACCUAUCACCUGUUCAACCCCAUCUGAGUGCUUCCCCCUAAGCCAGUGGAAUGAGACAAUGGAAUGUGGAAGCGAGUUAGCAGUUGACACAAUGAAAAAGGAACUGAAAUCAAGGGCCAUUCUUGCAGAUUGUUCUACCAGGAUGAGAUCCAUUGUGUCUUUCUACUUCUGCUACCUGCUGUGCCUGUGCCUGGGGAUCGCCUGUGUGGUGUUUGUGUCCAUCUGGAACUCCCACUGGCGUGGUGGCUUUGCCUGGGAUGGCUCGGCCCUUCAGUUUAACUGGCACCCUGUCCUGAUGGUCACAGGUCUGGUCGUGCUCUACGGCAAUGGAGCAGUGUUGUACCGCAUUCCCCUCACAUGGGGGCAGAAUAAGCUGCCCUGGAAACUGCUGCAUGCUGGUGUCAUGCUCCUGGCCCUGCUCUGCUCCAUCCUUGGCCUCUGUGCUGUGUUUGACUUCCACCACACCAACAGCACUCCCAACCUCUACUCCUUGCACAGCUGGAUUGGCAUUUGCACUACAGCACUCUUCACCACUCAGUGGGUGAUGGGCCUUGUUGGCUUCCUCCUGCCCUGCUCACCCAUGUCAUUCCGCAAGCUGCUUAAGCCUGCCCAUGUGUGGAUGGGAGGCUGCAUACUGAUACUCAGCAUUGUGUCCUGCAUCUCAGGGAUCAACGAGAAGCUCUUCUUUGCACUGAAAGGAACCACCAAUGGGACAAUGCCAUAUGGCAACCUGCCACCUGAGGCAUUGGUCGCCAACUCGUUAGGAGUCUUGAUUGUAGCCUUUGGAUUGGUCGUCCUGAAGAUUCUGUCCAAUCAGAAAUGGCAGCGACCAGAGCCUCGAAGUGAAGACAUGGGCUACAGUCCACUGCUUCAAGACGACAGCUAAUAGAAGAGAUGAGGAGGCUUCAAACCCGCAAUGAGCCGCUAACUAUACUACGCAAGCUAUCCAGAAAUAUGAUCUGCCCCUGCUGGGUCCAAAGUUGCCUUAAGCAAAUAAUGAGAUGCUGAAUGUCCUAGCCAAUGUCAGGACCAGGGCCAACCCUGGGCAUAAGGGCCCCUGGCCACUUGGGGGUCUGAACUUACUGUUGAGAGUUAAUAUAGUAAUACUGUUGAGAGUUAAUAUAGUAAAAUACACUAGGUAGAAUUUCAAAAUGUGGUAUUACAUCAGCAGUUUUUCUCUUAUGUCAGUCACUGACAGUCACUGAAUUAGCCCAUGUCAGCUAAAAAUGUUUUGAUUGGUAAAUUAGUCUAGCCAGCUAUCUAAACCUUGUAGUAAUCAUGGCCAAAUUACUGACUCGGCACGCAAGGCACAUGCCAAGGGGCCCUGAACUCCAGGGCGCUCACAUUGAUUUUGUUAGUCAUUCUCACUCAGAUAUCAUAUUAAAGUGGUACUUCGGGAUUUCGGCAGUGAGGCCCUUUAUCUACUUCUCCAGAGUCUGAACUUGUGGAUACCAUUUUCAUGGUUCUGUGUCCAGUAUGAGGCAGGCUAGAGGUAGUUUCGCCAGCCAAUGCUAACUAGUGUUAGCACAAUAACUGGAAGUUUAUGGGUAUCUGCUGGCAUGCUAGCAGAUACCAAUAGACCUCCAGUCAUUGCGCUAACGCUAGUUAGACAUUGCAAUAGCGCUAGUUAGCAACUUCCUUCAAACCGCACACAGAGACAUUAAAAUGGUAUCAAGAAGUUCAUCUAACUCUGGGGAAGUCGAUAAAGGCCCUCAGUGUCAAAAUCCCAAAGUAUCCUUUAACAUGGCAUAAGUCAUGGCAAAAUGUGUAAAAUUGCUGGAAAUCAGCUGUAAAACUGCAAAUGUUUCUCAAUGUUCCAUGGCAAAAUGAGUAGAAUUGCAUGAAAUUUACUUUCAAACUUAAAAAUGUUUCUCUCCGCCGUCAAGAUGGGACCACGGAAAUGUUUUGGCUGCGAGGUGGAACCCCCCCAAGCAAAUCUUUCUUAGGGCCCCCAAAAGGCUAGUGCUGGCCCUGGUCAUGACAGUGUUGUAAGAAAUAAUAUGUGUCCCAUCAAGAUAAGUUUUAUAAAUGUAUUAAAUAGUAGAUUUUAUAUCGCUGCCUUGUUUUUUUAAUGAAUAAGAUAAUGAAUAAAGUAUGAUAUACUCAAAGAUAA